CGGUGAAAUCACUUGACCGGUAGCUUGUCACGUGACAAAACAGCCGCCCAACCUCACAUGACUACUCGUCUGACAAACAGCGGAUUUUAACAGUAAAUCAAUACAAUGAGGCUUGUCAUUCUGGACGACUAUGACCUGGCCAGUGAGUGGGCAGCAAAAUACAUCCGCAAUAGAAUCAUCCAGUUCCGGCCCUCCGCUGACAGAUACUUCACUCUGGGUUUACCUACAGGGAGUACUCCCUAUGGCUGUUACCAGAAGUUGAUAGAAUACUACAGAAGUGGAGAUAUUUCAUUCAAAUAUGUGAAGACCUUCAACAUGGAUGAAUAUGUUGGUCUACCUCGUGCUCAUCCAGAGAGCUAUCAUUCCUACAUGUGGAACAACUUCUUCAAGCACAUCGACAUCGAUCCAGCCAAUGCUCACAUCCUGGAUGGAAACGCAGAGGACCUGGAGUCAGAGUGUCAGGCCUAUGAGCAGAAGAUCGCAGAGGCUGGAGGAAUUGAGCUGUUUGUAGGAGGUAUCGGCCCUGAUGGUCACAUAGCGUUCAAUGAGCCAGGUUCCAGCCUUGUCUCCAGAACCAGAGUGAAAACUCUGGCUAAGGAUACCAUUGUGGCCAACGCUCGUUUCUUUGGCAACGACCUCUCCAAGGUUCCCACCAUGGCUCUGACUGUGGGAGUCGGAACUGUCAUGGAUGCCAAAGAGGUGAUGAUUCUGAUCACAGGAGCACACAAAGCCUUUGCUCUGUAUAAAGCCAUAGAGGAGGGAGUGAACCACAUGUGGACUGUAUCAGCAUUCCAGCAGCACCCGCGCACCAUCUUUGUCUGCGAUGAAGACGCCACCCUGGAGCUACGGGUCAAAACAGUCAAAUACUUCAAAGGUUUAAUGCAUGUUCAUAAUAAACUGGUGGACCCAGUGCUCAGCAUUAAGGACCAGUGAAACAGAGAGGAUCACCAAGGAGGAGAGCUGAAGGGAAGACGGUCAACAUGACUGGACAGCCUUAUUACUCUGGUACUGUUCUCUGCCUGAGGACCGGACUGACUGUCCCAACCUGUGCAUAUUGUUCAUGCAUACACUUGAACUGUCUUUGGAUAAUGUUACAGUUAAUUAAUGAGAGGUCAAUGAUAUAAGGAGAUAUGCCCUCUGAGGUUCUUUGUUUAGCAUUUAAAGGGAUAGUGCCAGGUCACUUUUUCUAAUCACAGCUGCUGGUCUUCACUGUUGUUCAGUAUGCGAACUUUGGAGAUAAGAUUUAAAGUCAUGACAGUAAACAUAAAGUCAUUAUUUUGUUUGGUGUGUAAAGACUGUCUCUGCCCUCUGUGAAUGAAACAGUACAGUAUCUAUAUGAUACAUUUUCUUUGUUUUUCAUCAAUGAUUCAUCCCCCAGUUAGUGAUUGGACAGGAAGAAGCAGAAACUUUGUGUGUAUUGGACCCAAAUAUUUGAUUAUUUGGAUAUCUGUUCAUUGGUUUCAUUUUUCACUUUUGGGAUUCAAUUUUUUUUGUUUUCUUUUUGAGAAAUGACAAUAAAGAAACCAUAAAUACAUAUAAAAGUCAGUGUUUUCCAUACACUGACUUUUUUUUUUGAUUGUGGUGGUCCACCACAAUACCAGCAUGACCACCACAUGUUGAAUUUAUAUAUGUAUUUUUUACCUUAAAAUGGCCAGUGUUUUGAUUUCCUCAGCCCCUCUUUGGCUCGCUCUCUCUCUCUCUCUCUCUCUCUCUCUCUCUCUUUGGCUCUCUCUCUGUCUCUCUCUCUCUCUUUGGCUCUCUCUCUCUCUCUCUGUCUCUCUCUCUCUCUUUGGCUCGCUCUCUCUCUCUCUCUCUCUCUCUCUCUGGCUCUCUGGGGACAGUUGGUGAGAGUCUGCCUGGUCGCACACAGUGACAGGGCUAACUGUUAGCAUCACAUGGCUAAAGUUACCCAACGUUUGUUAACAAGGUAAACCACAGAGUCAAGUUGUUCCAGUGUCGGUGUGAGUUUGUUGGGACCAUUUAACAGCUCAGUGUCAAAUGUUAACCACUGCUACUAUGUUAGGUCAUGCUAACCAGGCAGUCGUUGAACUGACAUGGAGGAGAGUGCUCCGGAAAUGGUCCAUCAGUGCUGCUCCUCGCCAGUUUAACGCAAACACUAAAUCGUAUAAAUAUAAAUCUUGAAUUUGUUGGAUGCUGUUUCUUCACCUAGAGGAACCUACUGAUUAGUACAGAGGCUCAGUGAGCAAUUAUGGAACAAAAAUAGUUUGGAUUUUUAGAAGUGGGCUUGUAUGAGGUAUUUAUCAUAGUCAGUGUAUUACCAACAGUAGAUAGGAGAAGCAGGCAGGAGACCAACACGGAAGCUUGAUGUGAGUGGGGUUGGCAAUAAAUCAAGGAUUAGCCAUCUAAAAACGUCCUACUAAAAACAAUAACAAUUUAUGUGUACGCUGUAUUGAGAGUAUUUUCACUGCUUUGAUUUUCCGUCAGACAGCAAUUUCAGAUGGGAAAAUGAAGUUAUAUCGCUCUCUUCAAAGCCAGACUCCACUUAGAAAAAACAUUGAUUUAAUAUCGCAGAACACAGGAGCUGUUGGUCUACCGCUACCUCAAUUAGAUAGGGUUUUUUGUCUUAUUGUGUGACUUUGGUAUUUGGCACUCACUGAAGUCACACAGUAACACAAACUAACUAACUGAUAGAGGAAGCAGUAGACCAACAGCUCCUAUAUUGAGUGAACCAAAAUGACUGUUUAUGUCAAUGGAGUCUGAUGGCUUUGAAGAGAGAAUAGAUAUGGAACUGCAGCCGUUAUUGGCUUCCCUGUUGGAACAGGCUGUGUGACAGAAAAGAGGUGAAAACACUCUCAAUAUAGUGUGUAUUCAAACUGUUAAUAUGUUUUGCUGCUGACCCCUCCAGCACAGUACAUUACUUAGCUUCCAUUUCAGCACUCCUACCCGUUCUCCAAAACGAGUGCAUACUGACAGACAUCUACUGUUGCUUACACACUGACUAUGGGUAAGAACCUCAAACAACCCCACUUCAGAAAAUCUGAACUGUUGCUUUUGUAAAGUGUAUGCAUAUAUGUAUCCAAGGAAUGUGAACUGCAUGCCCCUUUCAGCAGCUCCGUGCUUCCCCUUUGCUGAUGGUCACACAGCCACAGUGCUCCACUGCAGGACACUAAACAAGUCAAACCUGAAUUUUACAUCAAACUUCAACAUUUUACAAAACCCUGUUUAACGUCACAAAAUCCCAACUCAAGGUCCACUUUUUAGCUUUGUCAGAGCUUUUCUUUAUCUACGAAUAAAGAUGCUUCAGUUGCACCACGUGACGUCAGUAUAAAGCUUCAAUCACAUGUCAGCAGUUGGAGGGUAUGGUUUGACAUGGCAACCUCUAUGUCUGUUCAAAGAUGCUCUCUGGUGUCCUCCUUGAUCUUUCUCUUGUCGUCCACUGACUCCUGCUCCAUGCCCUUUGACCUCUGCUUAGUGGAUGCUGUGAGUGAUUGUGGUCUGGUGUUCACAGACAGCUGAUAUCUGUUUGUAAUGUUCAUAUAGUCUCUAAAAUCAGAUUUCCAACAAAGCUAGUUAAGUGAUUUUUUGGUUGGGAUUAUUUUGUCACAUACUGAUGCCAGUGUAAAAACACCACAUUUGAUGUAGUUUUGUGCCGUUACUUGGUGUGCGAGCAUGAUUGCUAAGCAGCUGAGCGUCACGUUUUUUUCUCUUUUUUUAAUGUAUAUAUAUAUAUUUUUUUCGAAUGGGAAUCAAUGACUAUUGAUUGUUUCUCGGCACGAAGGGUCAGCAGCUCCUCUGCAACAGUGGUCUAGCCCACCUCUAGACUACUGUCCUGUGCAUGCAAAGUGAAUGUUGACAGUCAGUACUGUUGUAUAUCAGCCAAAGUGUAAAGUAGACCUUGAUGACAUUAUUCACCUCAGUGACUAUCUAAUGUAUCUCUUAACACUUCACUUUGGUCAGUAGCCUUAGCAGCAUUUUCCGCUGUAAUGAUGUCAUUCAUUUCCUUCUUAAGUGUUUGGUUAUCACAUUGUGUUCUUGGUUUUCUUUUAUUCUUAUAUCACUCCCAUUGUUCAUCAGGCUGUUACGGUUAGGACACUAGUCAGUGUUUGUGCUCACAUACUGUAGUUUUAAACUCCUUAUUUUCCAAUGACAAUAAAAAACUUUGCUAAGAA